CCCACUCGUCUGUCUGUACUUCUCUCCACUCUUCUUUAACCUCAUCAUUCCCCGUUACAGACUCUCUUCCGCAGUUAUUGUCACAACUGCUCAAAUGGAUCUGUUAAUAUAUAGUGCUUUAUUUUGCCUUCAUGUAUUUACUGUUUAUUGUAAUUUUUUGGACGUUGUUGUGGAUCGGUACGACAUACCGAGAGUUUGUCCUCGAGAAGUGGGGACUGACGAUUUUAUCCGUUAUCACUUUAACGGAACCUUCUUUGAAGACGGGAAAAAGUUUGACUCCAGCUAUGACCGAGGCAAGGCCCUCAUCAGCCAGGUGGGCUUUGGCAGACUGAUCGCUGGGAUGGACCGCGGCAUUCAGGGCAUGUGUGUCAAUGAGAAAAGGAGGAUCACCAUCCCCCCCCACCUGGCCUAUGGGAGCAUUGGGGCAGGUGGUGUAAUUCCUCCUGACGCUGUGUUGGUGUAUGAUAUUCUCCUGCUGGACAUCUGGAACAAUGAGGACAAGGUGGAUAUCCGCUCCUUCGGCAAACCUGCAGGCUGCAAACGCACCACAAAUACAUCAGAUUUCAUCCGGUACCACUAUAACGGCACCCUGCUGUCGGGUGCAGCCUUCGACUCCAGUUACGCAAGGAAUUCAACCUAUGACGCCUACUUGGGACAGGGCGACCUCAUCAAAGGCAUGGACGAGGGGCUUUUGGGCAUGUGUGUCGGGGAGAGAAGGAUCAUCAUCGUCCCACCUUUCCUGGCGUAUGGAGAGACUGGCCACGGAACCUCGGUCCCUCCUCAGGCUACGCUGGUGUUUGAGGUGCUGCUGGUGGAUGUGUUCAACCCUAAAGAUGAUCUCAUUUUUGUGGUGAAGGAGGUGCCUGAAGGCUGCACCCGCAGGACGGUGUCUGGAGACUACAUCCGAUACCACUACAACGGCAGCUUCCAGGACGGCACCGCCUUCGACUCCAGCUACAAGCGGAACAGCACCUAUAACACUUACAUCGGCAAGAGAUACGUGAUCCCAGGAAUGGACAAAGCCCUGCAUGGGCUGUGCAUAGGAGAGAAGAAGAGGAUUACCAUCCCUCCUCACAUGGCGUACGGCGAGGAAGGAGUUGUUGACCUCAUUCCUGGCUCUGCUGUUCUGGUCUUCGACAUUCACGUCAUAGAUUUCCACAACCCCGAAGACACAGUCGACAUUAAAGUGACCCACAAGCCCCAGGAAUGCACAGUGACCAGUGAAGCUGAUGAUCUGAUUCAGUAUCGUUAUAACUGCUCCUUGAUGGACGGCACCCUGCUGUACUCCUCGGACCAGUUUGACUCCCCCUCCAUCACGACUCUCGGAGCAAAUAUGGUGAUUCCGGGUCUGGAGGAAGGUUUGAGAGGCAUGUGUGUCGGCGAGAGGAGGGAGGUGGUCGUUCCACCACACUGGGGACAUGGUGAAAAUGGAGCUGGUGAUGUUCCCGGGAGCGCCGUGCUCUUCUUCGAGCUGGAGCUAGUGAAGCUGCAGAAAGGUAUUCCGGAAGGCUUCAUGUUUGUGUGGCUGGGGGACAGCCCAGACCCCCUCUUUCCUGCCAUGGAUCUCAAUGGUGACAAAGAGGUCCCUCUAGAGGAGUUUUCGGCCUUCAUCAUGCUCCAGGUUGAAGAGGCCAAAGGUCGUCUGCGGCCAGGGUUUGAUGCCGACACCAUCAUUCAGGACAUGUUCAAUAACCAGGACUUAAAUAAAGACGGGAAGAUUAUAGAAGAUGAACUGAAACUUCAGGGGGAGUCUCAACAAGGGAGACGAGACGAGCUGUAAAUGGGACGUUCUGUAUUGUAUUGGUGGAGAGGAACAGGCAGGCAUAUGAGAAUCUGUCCUGCAACUAUUUUGAAAAUGCUUCGGAGAUAGAAACAUUGUUGAGCCUUUUAAGGCAGUCCUACUUAAAGGUGGGGUAGGUACGUUUGAGAAACCGGCUCGAGAUACACUUUUUGUUAUAUUCCAUGGAAUGCUCUUAA